AUGCUCCUAGUUACAGUCCUUGCCUCUGCCCUACUCCUCUGCUCUGUGGAUGGCCAGGGGUGUUCAACCCACAUGGGGAUCUUGGACAUCAACUUCCUCAUCAACAAGUUGCAGACAGAUCUGUCUUCAAAAUGCAGCUGCAGCAGCAAUGUGACCAGUUGCCUGUGUCUGCCCAUCCCCUCCGACAACUGCACCAGACCAUGCUUCCAAGAGGGGCUGUCACAGAUGACCAACUCCACAGUGCACACCGAACACCCACAGAUUUUCAAUCGGGUGAAAAAAACAGUUGCAGCCUUAAAGAACAACAAGUGUCCAUUUUUCUCCUGUGAACAGCCAUGCAACCAAACCACAGCAGGCAACACGCUGACAUUUCUGCAAAGCCUCCUGGAAAUUUUCCAGAAAGAAAAUAUGAGACAGAUGAUGAGAAGAAAAGUAUGA